AUGGAAUCCGCCAGCACUAAGAAGAACACCGUGUCGGAGUUUAGUUACAUGCUGCAGCGACAAGGCAGUGAUGACUCGGCUGAAGUGAAUGCAUUCGAUGACAUCAACUCGUUGAUGAAGAGGGAGGCGAACCAGGGUAAACAGACCGAAGCCUUAUCGUCGCUCCCGCAAGCAUCCUUCAACUACAUCAAUUCAAUCGUCGGCAGCGGCGUCAUCGGCAUCCCGUACGCGCUCCAUCGGGCCGGCUUCGGGCUUGGUCUCUUUCUACUGGUGAUCGUCGCCACGAUAACGGACUACUCGUUGAUUUUGAUGGUACGCUGCGGACACCUGUGCGGACGAUUCAGCUAUCCGGGCGUGAUGGAAGCUGCUUAUGGGAAGGGUGGCUACUAUCUGCUAUCGUUGCUGCAAUUUAUGUACCCCUUUCUAGCGAUGAUAUCGUACAACGUCGUCGUGGGGGACACGCUCUCGAAGGUGCUGGUGCGCUUCGUGCCGUCCUGGGGCAGCUCGAUGGGUGCGGUGCGGUUCGGGGUGGUGCUGGUCGUCACCAUCUUCGUCGUGAUACCGCUCUGCCUGUACAAGAACGUGUCCCGGCUGGCAAAGGCAAGCUUUCUUAGUCUGGCCUGCGUGGUGCUCAUACUGAUGGCCGUCGUUUACAAGCUGCUGUCGGGCGAUUACCGAGUCGUCCCCGAUACACCAGAGUCCUGGCGAUUCGCUCACAGCGAUCUCAUUCCAGCCGUUGGUAUAAUGGCAUUUGCGUUCAUGUGCCACCAUAACACGUUCCUCGUGCACCAGUCGAUGCAGGACGCUACCAUGGAGCGCUGGGAGAAGGUGACCCACAUUUCGGUCGGCUUCGCAUGGCUCGUGGCGGCACUUUUCGGUAUCGCCGGAUACUGCACCUUUCGGGCACUUUCGCAAGGGGAUCUGCUGGAAAACUACUGCUGGGACGACGAUCUGAUGAAUUUCGCCCGCGUGCUGUUCUCUAUCUCAAUUCUGCUGACGUUCCCCAUCGAGUGCUUCGUGUCGCGGGAAAUUGUCCGUACGCAGAUCAAGCGCUUCUACUCACAGGAGGUCGUCGAGUACGACACCGACAAGGACCCGAGCCACGUGACCGGCGAAGACGACGACCGCAAGUCGAUGAUCACGACCCUCGUCAUCGUAUUCGCAGCAUUCAUUAUCUCACCUUACACCGAGUGUCUUGGACCGGUGCUGGAAUUGAACGGCUUACUAGCAGCAAUCCCACUGGCAUACGUUCUUCCCGGACUGGCCUACAUUCGGCUGAGCCCUCACUCACUGUUCAGUCAGGAGAAACUGCCGGCCUUGGGUCUAGUGGUAUUCGGCACGAUCGUCACCAUUUCCGGUGCGGCCAUCCUGAUGCCGAACCUGAUCGGCGAUUGUCGGACGGGUAUUAUCAUGGGAUACUGCAAGGAUGACGAGCUUGCUACCAACGGUACGGCAUUUGCGACGUCCACGAUGGAGCCCAAUUGUGCAACGGACAAGAUAUAA